AUGGCGGAGAAUGAACAAGAAGUACCAGGGUCUGUAGAUGAUGCAUGGCUUACGUCAUGGGGAGGCCGGUUACAACAUUUCAUCGCCGGCAUGGAGGUACCGACCAAGGUGUCGAAUGUGAUCAAAGUUGACAGCCAGGAUGCUGGGGUGGAUCCGGAAGUGACUCGUGAAGUGGACACGCAGGUGGCGCUGGAACAUGAAGAAGCUCGCCUGCUUGAGCCGGAGGAGGAAGCAAAGGCGGAGGAGGUAGAGUUCUGCAGGCGCGAGGAGGAAAGGGUCCUACAGCAACAGGCGGCUGCGUACCAAGCCCGGGAAGACUGGGAGAUGCAGUCUGCCAUGCGAGACAGUCAAAAUCUGCAGCCGUUGCCUCGGCGGAAGUGGCUUCGGGCUCGCAAGAUGGACCUCGCACGAGUCGACGACAAGGAUGGUUGCCUGCGUAUGCAGAUCACUGCGAGCAUGGUGGAUGAUAUACCGGAGUCUGACAUCUCCACUGUCAUCUUGGAUCCUCAGGGGCCCACUACUGGGCCACAUGCUGGAGCUGCUGUACCUCCUGCUGGUGGACCGAUUCUUUGUCCUGAAGCUGGUGGUCCUCAUGGCCGUCCUCCUGGUUCAGCUCCUGAACAGAAGGUGAACAAGAGCAGAUGGGGGUUACUCAGAUGGAUGCAACGGAAAUGUGCUCGGGGGAUGGCUUUGAUGUCAUCCACUCCUGAUUCUGAUGUUCUCCCGGCAGUAUGUGAUGGCAACGUUCAGCUUGUGAGUCUUGUGCGGGCCUGUUUUUUUUAA